UGCGUUUGUCUUUGAUUCCGGUCUCUUCUCCUGUAUUAUUGGAAGACUUUCCCGAUCUUAUACGUCUUGUCUCAACUACUAAUUUCCGGCUCGACGAAAACAUACAAUGUUGCAUCUGACAGACCUGCCAUCGAACUUACUUUCCUCGACCUUCGACUAUCUCUCCAGAAGGGAAUAUCAUGCCUUAUCACAAACAUGUCAUGUUCUCCACACCGCAGCUACCCCUUACCUAUAUCGUAAUAUCAAAAUCACGGCGACAAAGUCACGAUCCUGCGCCCGAAAGCUUGCAUUGCUGUUACGUACACUACUCGAGCGAUCGCAACUUGCCGCCAAAAUUAUCUCCUUUGGACUAUUUGGACCCCACCAGUGUUGGGAAAAAUACGAUCCGUGGCCGGAGAAUAAUGAGCGCCUCACUAGUGUCAAGUUAUGGGGUUUCGACCGAGUGACCCAAGCCGAAUCACUUCUUACGCCAGACAUGCUCCAAAAUUUCCUUGACGACGACAUACAAAUAUCUCAAACCGAAGUACAGGGAAGAAGCAAAGACGCUCUAGCUACACUAGUAAUGACACGGUUGACAAACCUACAUAGUCUAGAGCUCGGUGAUGGCUUUCUCAGACACUCGAUAUUCCUACCGCAGAUCCUCAAGCGAACAGACUACCUAUUCCCGGAAUUAGAGCGGGUUAUUCUAGGCGAUCGGCAGCCCGAGCGAGACAGCAGUACGGUUUCUUACACUGAUCUUAACCUAAUUCGGCCAAUCUUCUAUUCAUCCACCGUCAAGACAUUCGAAUGCACCAUAGCGCAGCCUUGGAGAUUUUCCUGGAGUGAAACAAAGGCCCCAUUUAAUACUAGCCUGACUUGUUUACGCCUUUUCCGGACAAACAUCGAGAGAUCAACGCUGCAUCAACUACUAUCUGCUACACCUAAUCUAAAGAGCUUUCACUAUGAGCAGGAGAUCGUCUUCAAUAACUCUACACCACACGCUCCAUCGCUAGCCCCUUAUCUUGAACUAGACGGAUUGAACUCCGCGCUAGCUUGUGUCCGUCAUAGUCUCGAACGAUGCCAGCUUGUCCUACGACUAGCUCCAUGCUCUAUUUCGACCUCCCAGUACGCCUCGUGUGGGAUCCAAUUCCCCGCCAUCGAGGGCACGCUAUCCGUGUUAAAGGACAUGCCGCUACUUACGAAAAUCGAAAUUCCCAUGAUCAUGUUUUUUGGCUGGUUUCCGAGGACGUCUGUGAAGCUGGAAGAAGUCCUACCUCCGAGCAUCACUGAGCUCACCCUGCGGGACGACUUUGUGCCAUACUGUUACUGGUCACGGCCUUCGAGUCGUGACAGGAGAAUUGCUCGGAUCAGGAAAUUCGUCAGAGAAAGAGAUAUUCACGCGCCCAAGUUGAGAUUGCUCAAAGUUAGGCUGACGAGUGCGAAAGAAUGUUUACAAGAUGCUGUGCGGGACUUGAGUUUGGCUACUAGUGACAGGGGUAUACAGACUGCGGUCCUUCACGGCGCCAAGUCAGAGACUUAUUGUUGGCGAUUCGAGCAGGUGAAAAGGGAGGCAGGUAGGCCUGAAUUAGGAGUAAGAGUGGAUAGCCUGUUGCGCGGCCAUGGUACUUGAUCACAAUAGGUACGAUCUUGCAACAAUGGCAGCGAAAAUAGACAAUAGGCAGUCGCGGACGUGCCUAUUGUUAAUAUUGAUAUCAAAACGAGAUUACACCGUAUGUGAAGUCGAAUCGGGUCACUAGAGUCCUCGCGUUCUCUCGAAUAUUGGAGAUGCCUAAAUAUGAAGUCUCAUUCACUUCCACCUUCCAGUCGGAUUGGGCACGAGUCCGCAAGAACCUACUUCCAAGAUGCCGCCGACGAACAACCCCGGGAAGAACACGG